AUGUCUGGUGUGUCAAAUUAUCUUUAUUUGCAAAACCACACAGCACGGCGUGUGGGGCUGACUCGUUCAGACCGCCCGAGUGGAGGUUGUCAGCCCAAAAAAUACAAGUACAGUUCCAGUCCAAGUCCACCUCCAAAAGAAUUCAAGUUGCACACUUUGGAAGAGUCCAAACAAGAUGAAGCUGAGGAGGACAUAUUGGCACCACCCGCUUCAGAGAGCUCAGACGACGAAGCAGACAGACAGCGUGCAAAUAUACAGCCAAGCACAAACAUUGGCAAGAAAGCAAAGGUAGGAAAACCGGCGAGUUCGAGGGGCAAGCCCAAAGGUCCAACCAUAAAUGGCAAUAGCAAAUUGGAGACAAAGCCAAAAUCGUCAGUGUCAUCACAGGAUAAUGGACAAGCUAGCCCGAAGAGAAAGAGCCAGGAGGAUUUUGAGGGAGGUGUCUGGGAGAAGAGGAAGAAAAGAGUGAAAACCCAGGCGAAAUAUGGGAGCCAGUCUAGUCAAGGAAAGGGUAAAGGCAAAAGUGCGACUAAUGUCAUGUCCUCCAACAAUUCUGAAGGUGGAGCACAGAAGUCGUCUGUUCUAGGCUUCAAAACUGUGGAAGCUUUGUCUGACCCAGAUACCCCUCCAAAGAAAGAAAGACAAGAUGGGAUUAAGAAAUUUUCUCCGAUUAGUUCUCCAGAGGCAACCCCAGUCAAGGCGAACCAGCUCAAAGUCUCAGGUUCUCUUUCCCCGACCCCAGUCAAGAAAGAUUCCGGAUUCGUUAAGCCCGAAUAUGAUGAUUUCGACGAACUCAACACACCGAAUUCGCCAAGCUCGGUCGCGAGUAAAGUAAAGAAGCACAAAAAUGUGGCAAAUGAUGACCCCUCAGUAUCAUCGUCUUCCUUCAAGAUGCUUGGCGGCAUAGAUGAGUUGGCUAUUCAAGCCCGUGCCUUCAUUGAUCAGGACAGCCUUGAUGCUCAAUCUUUACUGGCUCAUGAGAAUGAAAUCACUGGCUCGCAGAGUAAACGAUGUCCCAUGUGCAAGAAGAUGGUUGACGAUGAAUAUCUGCGGAAGUUCAAAGGUCUCAGCACUCGUAUGCAGAUGAAGUCUUGCCAGUCUCAUCAGAAAACUACAGCUAUCGAGGAAUGGAAAACGAAAGGUUACCCAGUCAUAAAUUGGGAACGUCUGAGCUCCCGGAUAGAUGAACAUCACCAAUUCAUCGAAGGUCUGAUUAAAGGCGCAGAGUGUCAUUCUCGAUCCCUGCUUGAAGAGAGGAUACAGGCUGGGAAAGAACGUAACCUUCUUACUACGACUUCAAAUCUCAUUCCCGGUUAUUAUGGAGCGCGGGGUCUCCGUGAUAUUUCACAGCAGGUAAUGGAGAAUUUUUCCGAACUCCUUAGGGAAAGAGCUGUCAAAGAUAAAACAAUAGCGGCCAGAACCGUGACGGGCUUUCUGCACUCAGUUAUUGUACCCGAAGUUACGGUAUUGCUAAUUGCCGAUGAUAUGAAAGUUGGCACAGAAAAGGCGAGAGACAUCCUGAAUGAUAGUGUUGGCCUGGGCGAGAUGGUCCAUGAAGAUAUAAAGGACGUCGUCAAGAGACGUGUUCGGGGUAGCGAUGAUGACGAAGAUUUUGAUUGA